AUGAAUUCGAUUAAAGACUUGACUGAGAACCACUGGAAACCAGUGGAUGCAUUGCCAGAACACAUCAAGGACUUAUUGGUCCCUAAGUCACCUUCCCAGCCUGUGAAUUAUAUGCUUGCAUUUCUACAAAUCGUAUCAUCAUUAAAGUUCCAAAAACGUACCGGAUGGUUGGAUCAUAGUGUACCACCAUUGGACACCGAAAGUAUUUCUGACCACAUGUACCGAAUGUCCAUAAUCUCAAUGAUUGCUCCUCCAGCCAAUGUUAACAAGGACAAAUGUGUCAAGAUCGCCCUUGUUCACGAUAUAGCUGAAUCACUUGUGGGUGAUAUCACUCCAUAUGCUGGGAUAUCCAAGGCAGAAAAGCAUCGCAGAGAAGAAGAGACCAUACAUUUCCUUCAUGAGGUGAUUAAACCUUACAAUCCUGCGUUUGCCGACGAGUUAGUUGAGUUAUGGUUUGACUAUGAGGAGAUUAGAAACACCGAGGCCAGAUAUGUCAAAGAUAUUGACAAGUUUGAGAUGAUCAGUACAGCAUACGAAUAUGAAUUAAAGUUUGGAUUGAAACACGAUUUGGAUCAAUUUUAUACAGCAAGAUCAGCAAUUAAGACCAAGGAGGUGGGUGACUUGUGUGAUGCUGUAUUGGAAAGACGUGCAAAGUUGGUUGCAGAAUUGAAGACCAAAGAGCAGCAAUAA